CCGACAUCCGUCCCUCGCCGCCUCCGACCUGGAAUUCCACUCAGAGCAUCAUUACACCCGAUUCCUGUGCCACAAGCUAUGCGACAACCUGAAGUACCGAUCGAAUCUCCAGGAAUCUGUCGACGCCCUUCAGUUGAUUUAUCGGCCUUUGCUCGAGUUCGAUCGGCCACCAAGCGACUUGAAUACCCAUCUCCUAGUCCUCCGCACUCUGUGGGCUCACGCAGCAGACAUCCGCACGCACCGUUCGGUGGCCAUCGUCCCGUGGUUUGUGUUCAAAAGUAUGCGGUGGGAUUUGCCAGAAUGGGAGCAAUCGCCGAGUAUCUUCAGCGACGAGGCCUGGUUCCGCGCCGUGCUUGGCCUUGACAACGAUGAGCAGACGGAGCGGCCAUCGGCACGGCAAGUCGACGACUGUGUCCGUGUGGGUGUUGUGACGACUUUCUUCGAGCAGUGUGCCGCCCAGAGUCCGGAUCGCACGGAGCGGGGCCUGGACGUUGCGAUGCUCAAAGAGGUAUGCGAACACACCGGCAUUCGCUCGAUCAUCCCGAUCAAACUGCAACGUCGAUUCGCCAACGCCUUUGCUGCAUUCAUCCGCAAAUAUCCAGAGGACUGCCUUGCGGAUUGGGAUGACCUCUACUCGGUGCUUGUCUGGGCCGUCGGUGGCAG